CCUCAGAGCUGAGAAUAAUGCUGCUGAGUGGUCGCAACACAGGCAGGAGCUCUGCUGGAAACACCAUCCUGGGCAGAGAGCACUUUAAAGUAGGGUGCCAUGCCACUGACUGUGUGGAAGGACAAGGAAAGGUCAGGGGUAAGACUGUGACAGUUUUGGACCCACCAGGCUGGCUGUCAGUGGGUCCUAGCUCCCUGAUGUCUCCCUCAGCCUCUGAGGUAACUGUGGUCCUGGUGGUGGUGAAUGUGAGCUCCUCCUUCAGCCACACUGUCUGGAGAACAGCAGUAAAACACCUGGAGGCGCUCGGAGAGAAAGUAUGGAAUAGAACCAUGGUCCGAUUCACCUUUGGAGACUGGCUGGGGGACACGACCAUCGAGCAGCGCAUUGAGAGUGAGGGAGAGCCCCUCCAGAGGCUUGUCGAGAAGUGUGGCAACAGAUAUCACGUGUUGGACAGUAAGAGCCAGGGAACUGGUGCAUAGGUCACUGAGCUGCUACAGAAGAUAGAGGAGAUGCUGGUGGAGGAGAGGUUGGAGGUUCUACAGAGAAGAGAACAGGUUGGGAAGAGUCUCACAGUGAUUCAGGAGCCAGAGAUGGAUGGAGUGAUGGGAGAGGGCAUAGAGGUCCUUGUAGCAAACCACACAGACGCUCCCUUUCAUGAUGUGUGUGAGGUGGCUAGUUCAGAGGACAUUCUAACCCCAGAUGACUCAGGAGCCCCAGACUUUGGUGGACAGGAGUUGGCACUACCAGAGGCCAGCGGAGGAUGGUGGACUAAAGCAAAUCACUCCAUCCUGGAUGUGGAGGGGUUUCUGUCCUGCAUGGCCAGUGUGCUUCAGGGGAAUCAGGAGGGGCUGAUGUGGAACAUGGGGGGCAGACAGACACUAGUGGUGAAUCUCCCAGACUGUCUCCACACUGGACCUACUCAGAGCCAUCAUCUGAGAUGGAAUGGACAGAAUGGUAGAAAACCGGUCACCCUGUUCUCUCCAGGACACCAAGCUCUCCUCCUGGUCGAGCAACCCAAAGAACCAGAAAGAAUGCUGGUGAAGAAACAGGAAGACAUUGUGGAUACACAGUCCCUUGGACACCCCAGGCUGAGGGACAGGACCCUCAAGGAGAUUGCCAGAACAGGAGGCCUGCAGGCCUUGAUUGACCAAUGGGGGAACAGUAAUUUGGAGGAGCUUGAAUCCUUCAUUGACUCCUAUUUUGAAAUGGUGUGGAAGAAAACCAUGGGGUCUUUCAUAGUAGAGGAGGAGGACUGUCUCACCAGCAACAGCCCAGAGCUGAAUGAUGUUGGGGAGGAUCUUGUAAAUAAUGGUGACCAGGAGGUGCUGUCAUCCAUUAACAAGAAGCUGUCUAAGCUGGACAUCCUGGAAGGCUUGCAGAGACUUGCUGGACCUCAGACAGAGUCUGGAUCACAGCUGUGACAUCAUACAGGAACUCAGGGACAAAAGUAAAGCAACACAAAAGCCUGCUGUUCCCUCUGAUGCAGGGGAGGCAGAAGUGGAGGAAAGUUGCUAGAGGAGAGAUGUUCAACAAUAACAUAAAUGAUAAGUUAUAGAUUGGUUUGUUUUAUCUAAAUAUGCCCUAACAUCAUUGUUCAGGUAACAACUAAUUAACAGUAUUGAUUUAUUGAUGGAGUUAAUGCUAAUGGUGAGGCAGUAUAUUAACUUCAUGAUGUCAUGUGUUUCCACAAGGGGGAGCCCUCUGACAAGCAAUUGUGGGGGGUUGGUCUCCUGCAUAGGUUACUGUAUCUAUUCACUACAUGAAAUAUUUCACUCCAUUAUUAUGCAAGAUACCAGUCAUUUUAAAUCAGUUAUUGUUGAUCAUUUCCUAGGUGAUCAUUUUAUUUAUCUUAUGAGGCUUGUAUAAAGACAGACAUAUCAG